AUGCUGGCUGAGAUUAAAUUGCUCAAGGCCACGGCUCAUCAAGUUUGUGUUUGGAUACCUGAUGGUGUUUUGUCUCUCCUGCGUCUCCAGCACGAUCAGCUGUACACAUGGGCAGCCGUCUGUCAGCCGCCUCCGUCUCUGGAGAGUCUGGAGGGACACCUGAAGAACCUGUGGCCCCUGACCAGACCCGGAGCCCAGGACCGGCCCCAACCCAAAUACACAGAGGAUGGUAUGGAGGAGUCUGUGAUAAAGACGGUGCAUCUGAAGCAAGAGCACGUCUGCGUGAUCGAGCAGCUGGAGCAGACCAUCGAAGACCUGCGCAGUAAGAUCGCCGAGCUGGAGAAACAGCAGCCCCUGCUGGAGCGGGAGGUGCUGCUGACGCAGGACCAGGAGUGCGGAGCAGAGGAGCGCCUCCUCCCGGACGUCUGCCAUGUGGACCUGCAGACGGAGAACACUGCGCUGCUGCUGCUGGAGGCCAAAUCGGUGCAGACGUCUCCCAUGGAGGAGAGCUUUAGGUUUAAAGUGCCUCCUGUGGAGGCGCAGGGGCCCGGGAGGAGUGACUCCUCGCUGCCAUCAGAAACUGAAAAUGCUUCUCAAGCAUUUGUGUGCAUAUGCCAGCAGCUGCCGGGCGCUUCGGUGCCUCCUCCACCACCACCUCUUCCUCCAUCCGGGAUAAUCCAGUGCACGAGAAGCUCAGAUUUAUGUCUGUUUCUGUCUGCGGCGUUCGUCUGCUUUUCAUCAUGCCUGUCUCUGUCUCCGCAGGAGGAGUCUGUGAUAAAGACGGUGCAUCUGAAGCAAGAGCACGUCUGCGUGAUCGAGCAGCUGGAGCAGACCAUCGAAGACCUGCGCAGUAAGAUCGCCGAGCUGGAGAAACAGCAGCCCCUGCUGGAGCGGGAGGUGCUGCUGACGCAGGACCAGGAGUGCGGAGCAGAGGAGCGCCUCCUCCCGGACGUCUGCCAUGUGGACCUGCAGACGGAGAACACUGCGCUGCUGCUGCUGGAGGCCAAAUCGGUGCAGACGUCUCCCAUGGAGGAGAGCUUUAGGUUUAAAGUGCCUCCUGUGGAGGCGCAGGGGCCCGGGAGGAGUGACUCCUCGCUGCCAUCAGAAACUGAAAAUGCUUCUCAAGCAUUUGUGUGCAUAUGCCAGCAGCUGCCGGGCGCUUCGGUGCCUCCUCCACCACCACCUCUUCCUCCAUCCGGGAUGUGUGCACCACCUCCUCCACCUCCACUUCCAGGAAUGAGCGCUCUUUCUGCUCCACCUCCUCUCCCAUGCAGUUCAUUUCCUCCUCCUCCACCUCCUCUACCAGGAGUGGUUACACCUCCUCCUGCGCCUCCUCUACCAGGAGUGGUUGCACCUCCUCCUGCGCCUCCUCUACCAGGAGUGGUUACACCUCCUCCUGUGCCUCCUCUACCAGGAAUGGUUGCACCUCCUCUACCAGGAAUGGUUGCACCUCCUCCUGCGCCUCCUCUACCAGGAAUGGGUGCACCUCCUCCUGCGCCUCCUUUACCAGGAAUGGGUGCACCUCCUCCUGCGCCUCCUCUACCAGGAAUGGGUGCGCCUCCUCCUCCGCCUCCUCUGCCAGGUGUAUCUGCGCCGCCUCCAGGAACAGCUCCUCCUCCACCUCCUCCUCCUCCAGGUCCUCCGCCGUUGGCUCCUGGUCCUCCUCUGGCCUUCGGUUUGGGUUCUCUGCCUCCGCCGCUCCCGCUGGGUCUGUACGCAUUAGGAGUUCCGCAGGAGAAACCGCCUCGCAAAAGCUUGGUGGAGCCACCGAGACCAAUGAAACCGCUGUACUGGACCCGAAUACAGCUGCACACCAAAAAGGACUCUCAUGCUCUCGUGUGGGAGAAGAUCGAAGAGCCAUCCGUGGAUUUUGACGAGUUUGUCGAUCUCUUCUCCAAAACUGCAGUGAAAGAGAAGAAGAAGCCUCUUUCAGACACGAUCAGCAGGUCAAAGACCAAGCAGGUGGUGAAGCUGCUGAACACCAAGCGUUCUCAGGCCGUGGGGAUCCUGAUGUCCAGUUUACAUCUCGACAUGAAGGACAUUCAGCACGCGAUCCUGAAUCUGGAUAACACUGUGGUUGAUCUGGAGACGUUACAGGCGCUCUAUGAGAACGGCCUCAGGCAUGAAGGAAUCCUCAGAUCAUGCCAAACAUGUAAUGCACAAACCUUCAUAUAUGCUGAGGAGAAUAAAAGCAUUUACAAUCCAGAAUCAUGUAGUACAUAUGACACAUCACAGUGUUGAUCGGCGUGAUUCUCC